AAUGUGGAAAUUGGAUCACUUCCGACUGAAUUUGAUUCUCCAUCAAAAGGCAAGCGUAUUAGAACUGAGACGAAAAGUGCAGAGGAAGAUAAUCUUUUGAACAUGUUGCCUAUUUCACAUGAAAUUAAAUUAAAUGACCAUUUUAAGACAUUACAGCAUUGGCUCUUGAUCCUGCUGGCGCGCGGAAGCUAUGAUUAUGACAUAAAGUUUUGGGAUUUUGCUGGAAUGGAUUCUAGCUUGCGUCCAUUUCAUAGUCUUCGUCCGUGUGGUGAUCACCAAAUUCAUCAUAUCGAAUAUAGUUUAAGUGGUGACCAGUUCUUGAUUAUUUCCGGUUCUGCACGACUAAAUUAUAUGAUCGAGAUGGCUUCGAAAUGUGAGGCCUUUAUUGAAGAGUAUAUUAAGGGUGAUCCUUAUAUACGUGAUAUGAGAAAUACAAGUAGACACGUGGCUGCAUUAACAUCUGGUGGAUGGCAUCCACAUGAUAAAAAAUGCUUUUUCACAGCCUCUGCUGAUAGCACGAUAAGAUUAUGGGAUGUGGAAAAUAAGCGUAAACAGAAACAAGUUAUUGUGUUUAAAACUAAAGAACGUGGCGGUAGGACUAUAGUCACGGCAGUUGCAUAUAGUCCCGAUGCUAAAUUAAUCGCUGCUGCUGUCCAAGAUGGUAACUUGUGUUUCUGGCCUGUAAAUCGACUAUAUAUGCUCGUCCUUCACACAUGA